AAUAUUAGCUUUAAUCGCCAGAUGUCAGAUGUGUCGCAAAAUAAUGGCGGCACAGUGUACACGAAAACAAUAUUUGGACAGUAAAAUAUUUGUACGUUUCCUGGCGAUAUAUUUGUAAAAAUUACAUAAAAAAAUUAAUUUACUUAAAGAUGUCUAGCAUAACGAUAUCUGCUAUAAGACCACGAACUAGUAUCCUCGACAAAUCCUUAAGCAAGGGAAAGGGGGAGGUUAGCUUGAGCUGUUUUGCUCUUUUAUUCUCAGAAUUGGUACAAUACUGUCAAAACAGAGUAUAUACCGUUCCAGAACUGCAAAAUAAACUGGCCGAAAUUGGAGCAGAAGUUGGGCAUAGAAUAACAGAUCUACUCGUGGUACGAGAAAAAGGUGGCAAACGCGAGAUAAAAUUGCUUAAUGUAUUGCUAUUUGUCAAAAGUACAGUGUGGAAGUCUCUGUUUGGUCGAGAGGCUGAUAAACUGGAACAUGCCAAUGAUGAUGAACGUACUUAUUACAUAAUUGAAAAAGAGUCCUUGGUAAAUAAAUUUGUAUCAGUACCCAAAGACAAAGGAAGUUUGAACUGUGCAUCUUUCGUUGCCGGUAUUGUGGAGGCUGUGCUUUGUGAUUGUGGUUUUCCCGCAAAAGUAACAGCACACUGGCACAAAGGCACCACAUACAUGGUUAAAUUUGAUGAUGCUGUUGUUGCACGUGACAAGCAAUUGGAAGAUCGAUAAUAAAGACAUUACUUUUCCUACACUAAAAAAGAAUAUAUAAUAUCUAUACAUUUAUCUUAUUAAUUAUUAUGAUAAAUCCAUAGUCUUUAUUAAACUCGUAUUAAACUUAUAUUUUAUAUGUACAUAUCUUAAAAUUGAAGUUUCUUAUAGUCAAACUUUCAUAACUAUAUGCUUAUAAAAAUCUUUAAUGUU